UACGGGAAUCAAAUAACAGGGAGAAGUCGGAUGGCUGCGCAAAUACUUGGAAUUCCGUUUCCGUCGUUGUCUAUUCCGUAGACUUUGACAAGCAGAAAGUUGUGUUUCUAUGAUAGGCUACAACAGUCUCAAUAGCUUGAAUAUCCAGUAAAAACGGCAAAUGGCUUCUUCGCCACAGAAAUCACCUUCUUCUCCCAAAUCUCCGACUCCAAAAUCACCACCUUCAAGAAAAAAAGAUGACUCUUUCCUCGGAAAACUUGGGGGAACUUUGGCCAGAAGAAAAAAGGCAAAAGAAGUGUCUGAGCUCCAGGAGGAGGGCAUGAAUGCCAUCAACCUGCCACUCAGCCCCAUCCCCUUUGAGCUGGACCCAGAGGACACCAUGCUGGAGGAGAAUGAGGUCCGCACCAUGGUUGACCCUAACUCCAGGAAUGACCCCAAACUACAAGAGCUGAUGAAGGUACUCAUAGACUGGAUCAAUGAUGUGCUGGUGGGGGAGAGAAUCAUUGUCAAAGACCUGGCUGAGGACCUCUACGAUGGGCAGGUUCUGCAGAAACUCUUUGAGAAGCUGGAGGGUGAGCGGCUGAAUGUGGCUGAGGUGACCCAGUCUGAGAUAGCCCAGAAGCAGAAGUUGCAGACAGUUCUGGAGAGGAUCAACGACACUCUGAAGGUCUCAAUCAGAAACAUCAAAUGGACCAUUGACUCUGUCCAUGCUAAAAGCAUCGUGGCCAUUCUCCAUUUAUUGGUGGCACUGUCUCAGCACUGCCGUGCCCCCAUCCGCCUACCUGAUCAUGUGUCCAUUCAAGUUGUGGUUGUACAGAAACGGGAGGGGAUCCUGCAGUCUCGCCAGGUUCAGGAAGAGAUCACAGGGAACACGGAGGCUCUAUCAGGAAGACAUGAGCGAGAUGCGUUUGACACUUUGUUUGACCAUGCACCAGACAAGCUGAAUGUGGUGAAAAAGACUCUGAUCACCUUUGUGAACAAGCACUUGAACAAGUUGAACCUGGAGGUGUCUGAAUUGGACACACAGUUUGCUGAUGGUGUGUACCUGGUGUUACUGAUGGGACUGCUUGAGGGCUACUUUGUUCCUCUCUUCAACUUCUUCCUAACACCAGAGCAUUUUGACCAAAAGGUGCACAAUGUGGCUUUCUCCUUUGAGCUGAUGCAAGAUGGCAGCCUGGAGAAACCCAAGCCACGGGCAGAGGAUAUUGUGAACUGUGACCUGAAGUCUACUCUGAGGGUACUCUACAACCUCUUCACCAAAUACAGAAAUGUGGAAUAAAGACGGGAGCUUCACCGUUCAUUCAGUUAUAUCGACGUAUCUAUCAAGCAAAUGCCCUGUUUAGAUGUAUAUUUCAGGGCAAACACGAUGCAUCUAAUAGGGAGAGCCCACCUGUGUUAGCUUUGUCCUGCUGAAGGCUCACUAAAACACAAGUACAGCACAGUAUGUUGUAAAGUACUUGGAUAUGAAAAGACAGAUAUAUUUCAGUAUUAUUGAAGGUUAACUUAAUGAGUUAUUGAUUAUGCCGUCCUAUUGUUGAGUCAUUGCCAUGUUGAAUUGUUCUUGUCAUUCCGGGCCGAAACGUUUGAAGUCUACUUGGAUUCUCUUCCGACUACAUGAAGGAUCAGAAUAUAGAUGUAUUGAAUGUAUGACAGCUGAGUUUGUCCUUAUCAAAGUAUUUACUUCCCAUCUUUUGAAAGAAAUCAGAAGUUUUGAAUUGGCUCGGAAUGUUUUUGAUUUUUAGGGUUAAUAACGCAGUGGCACCCCAUAGUACGCACUAUUAAUUUAUAUACUGCCACGCUGCAUAUCUUUACCUUUGUUUGGUUUAUGUCUAAUUUUAUAUAUUUUAAUACUGGUCAUUGUGCUUUAAAAAUAGUCUACCUUUUAGUGACAUUUUGGCUCAUCAUUUACCAAAGAAAGUAUUUUAGAUAAAUUAUAUGAAGCUGUUAGUCUUAAAAAUAUUUUGUACUUAUCCAAAGUAUGAUGUAUGGCUAAUUUUGACUAUUUGUUUAUAAUCUAUUCAUAAAAAAAGUUUGUAAAGUAAUGUUCCAGAGCAGUGUUUACUAAAACUACAGAACAGCAAGACCCCAGUACAGUGCCAGUUUCAAGAGUGGAGUAUGAAUUCAAACGAUAAAACAUACACUAUAUUCAACAGAAGGAGCUAGUAGUGCUGAGAAUGUUGUGUGGGAAUUUGACCAAAAUUGAUUCUGUUGUGUACUUUAAUUUGAAGGUCGUAAUCAUUUCUUCCUAUGUUGUGGUCUUGAGUGCAGUUUUGAUUAUGGGCCUUGUGCUGUAGCAAACUUGUGGCAUUCCUUCCCAUGGAAACUUGUAUGCUCUGUAUUGUUAAUAUGCCAUCUCAUCAAGUGAAAUAUAGAAGAGCACAAGAAAAUGUGGCACCCGAGUGGAACAGGGGUCUAAGGCACUGCAUCUCAGUGCUAGAGGUGUCACUACAGACAUUCUGACCGGCUGUGAUUGGGAGUCCAAUAGGGCGUCGCGCAAUUGGCCCAGCGUCGUCCAGGUUUGGCCGGUGAAGUCCGUCAAUGUAAAUAAGAAUUUGUUCAUAACUGACUUGCCUUUUUUAAAUACAUUUUUUAAAUACCAUCAGGAUUUGGUGGUUUUAACAUAACUUUACCCAACUUUCAUUACACCUGACAUUGUACCGUUUCAUAGAAAAAUAAUACUGUAUGGGACGGUGGAUGUUGGUGGAAGUGGCUGCUUUACAAUGAGAACUUAGCUUACAGUAUUCCCAAGAAGUAGAGGUGCUCUAAAUGCAAUUCAUGAAUGAAUUUGCUAACCACACACUGACGGAGUGGCUUUGCUAAGUGCUUAGCUGCGAAUAGGAAGGUCACAUUUUUUCCUUUGAGUAACAACACUACUGAGCACAGCACAUAAUGCAUGACAAGGGUACAAUAGAAGUUUUAGUGGAAUUUCUUUGUGCCUGAUUUGAUCUAUGUAGCAUGUUUCUUUUAUUUAAUUGCUUCUUUUUAGGAGUUGAAAUUCACUUCUUUCAAUUUACAGACACUUAAGAUUAGUUAAGAUGCUUUUAGUGUGUCAUGUCAACUCAUUUAAUUCAGCACAGAAAUGAGUGAGAGGAGAAAUGAGUGACUUACCUAAAGUAGAAAAUACUCAUAGCUCAGUUCUUUGUUUUCUUGAUAUUUCUGUUUUUACUCUUGGUCAUAUCUCUUGUGAAUUGAGUUUCUAUCUUUCUAUACAUCAUACCGUAUAACCUCUGACCCUCUGUCUUCAUCUUGCUUUUUGUGGUGCGUUUAACAAAUACCACUAUUUCCAUGAAUUGAAGCUCAGAACUGAAGGCUUAGACCUUUAGGGGAGAAUGUGACAAUGUAUUUUGGUACUUCAUUGUUCUGACACAUUUCUGGUCAUGCUAUUAUCAGUCAAGCCCAGAGACUAAGAGCUCUGCGUUUUCAUCAGAAAGCUGAAAUGACCAUCCAUAAUCAACCAUUGUGCGCAAAGGUGUUUUGAACAGGAGCCUUUGCAGCCAUUAAAGUAAUUACCCUCCCAUCGCAUCUUCUACAUCCCUCCCUCCAUUCAUUAUAUAAAAUAAGCCUCUACGCAUGACUAACAGACAUGAUACUCUCUUGCCUCUGUAGUGUAAGAGCUGCUCUUAUGCUGAGAAAACAGACGCACACACAAAAGGUGAGGUAAGAAGUGAGUAAUACUACUGAUAAGUGGUUCAUAGUUAUUACAGGGUUGGCACUUUAUGUUGGCAUCUAUUGAUUGGCACCACGGAUUCUGAUCUGAAAGAGUGAAUUGGUCCUUCAUUGAAGUUACUUGAAAGCUCCUAUUUUCUAUGUAGCAUAUGGGUGUAAAGGCUUUACCUUGUACUCCUUUUGUAUGGAUGGUUUGUUACAUUUCUUGCUGAAGAUUGCUUAAGCCAUUUUCCCUGUGUGCAAUCAGUUUUUUCCUUUCCAUGAUUCUUCACACAUAUUUCAACAAUAGAUGGAAGAUAUUGAUUUAUGUUUGGUAAGGGUUUUGAGAUUUUCUGUAAUUAAAUCCGGUCAAGAGAUUAGCAGAUAGGCAGCAAUGCAUAUCACGUUUAGAGACACAUCAUUCCUGUUUGUUGCUUAAAGACAUUUUCUAAAGGGAGAGAUUCUUAAUUUGAUUAAAGCUGUGCAGCACU